AUGUGUCAACAAGAGUUAGCGCAACUUCGGUUGACCAUUAUCAAGACUUAUUCAGACCUAUCCAAACACUUGGCCUCUUGUUACUCUUCACAAAAAAGAGCGUUAUGUUUGUUGGUUGAUAAUGUUAAAAAAACUGAUGACAGCUUUCUGAGUGUCUAUGAACGGAAGGUGAAAAACAAAGAAAUUGAAUCUGAUGAAUACAAACUCAGAGUUGCUAAAACUUUUCAAGGAGUAGAUGAACAGCUGAAAGGUUAUAAACUAAUCAAAUCUAAUUUUUCAUCAAAGAUCUUCAAACAACAAAAUAAACCCAAUCGGAUAGUAAAAGGCCUUUAUUUAUAUGGAUCUGUCGGAUGUGGAAAGACUAUGCUAAUGGACUUAUUUUAUCAAAACUGCCAUGUAGACGAAUACAAUAAGAAACGUAUUCAUUUUCAUUCUUUCAUGUUGGAUGUUCAUUCAAGAAUACAUGAACAGAAAAAGAAACCAAGUGCAACGUCAUCUCGAAAAGCUUUAAGUUAUAAUCCAAUUCCUAGAUUCUGGAUCUUAGAUUCUGAUAUAGAUUAUCGUCAGAAAUCUCUUCCUUCGAAGCAAAACAUUAAAAGACGAAGAAAAGCUGACAAAGAAUUGGAUCGCCUCUUCAAGAUAUUUGCCAGUCGAGAAACUGAUAAUGUUAGGCCAAAAACAAUUGUCAUCAAAGGAAGAAACGUUAAAUUUGCAAAAACUUGCGGCAGAGUCCUUGAUUCAUCGUUCUCUGAACUCUGCGAUCGGCCUCUUGGUGCUGUUGAUUAUCUGACUCUUAGUCAACUUUUCCAUACUGUGAUCAUCAGAGAUAUACCUCAAUUGAAUCUAAAACUUAAAACACAAGCUAGACGAUUCAUCACUUUGAUAGAUACUUUUUAUGAUAACAAGGUUAGAGUCCUUUUUGCGCAAAUGUUUUAAUUAAAGAAUUGUUUAUGGUUGGUGAUUCGGAUGAUGAUAUAACUGAUGAACAAAGAGCUUUGAUGGAUGAUUUAGGAAUCAAAUUUUCUCAAGUUAAAGAUUCAACAGACCUUUUCAGUGGACAAGAAGAAAUGUUUGCAUUUGAUCGAACACUUUACAGGACAAUGGCGAUGCAAACUCUCGAUUACUGGAAUCUGAGAGAAAUAUUUUAAAUUAUUUUCAAGCUUACUUACUGGUUGCUUACAAUCCUAGAUUGUAUAAAAGCUAACAAGGCUAGACUUAAUGAAUCUUAAUGAAAAUUUUUGUAGAUCUGUAUAAACUUAAGAAAUUCAUUCUCCGUCAUUAAUCAAGUAUUUUCAGAAAUAACAAA